AUGACGCCAGAAUGCAGAAUGAUUGUCAAUGGUGCAGCUGGUGGCACCAUAGGAAAGAAGACAGCAGAUGAGACCUUAGAGCUGCUGGAUUUAAUGGCAAGGAAUGAGAAUGCGUCUAUGGCAGCAGCAUUCCCAUCUGUUCAGCCCAAGAAAGGAAUUUUACAAUUGGGGAAUAAUGAUGCAUCACUGGCUGAGCAAAAUGUGAUUUCACAGCAAUUGGCCAGUUUGAAUGCCAAGCUGGACAAGAUGCAGCUCUCAACAUCCAAGGUUGAUAUAUUUAACUGUGAGUAUUGCAAGGAGCCGCAUGAUACUAAUGAGUGCCCUACACUCAAUAGAGCUGAACAAUUCCAGGUCAAUGGAAUUUGGUAUGAUCCAAGGCCUCCGCAGAAUAUUCAAGAGCCAUCUGAAUUGGAGAAAGCGAUGAUACAACUUUCCAAAACCACUAAUGAUCACAUAAAUGAGACAAGAGCCUACCACAAGAACCAAGACGCUUCAAUCAGAAACUUGGAAACUCAAAUUGGCCAACUUUCAAGACAACUAGCUGAGAGGAGUCAAGAAAAGAGCGAUGCAGUGUCAAAGGAGCAAUGCAAUGUCAUCACUACAAGGAAUGAGGAGCUAGAAAAAGAGAAAGUUGAAGUUUCUACAAGAAAGGAUGAACAAGCUCAAAAAGAUGAAGAAGAAGCAAAGGAACAACCUCAUGCAAUUAAUAUUCCUUUUGCAGACACUCUGGAGCAAAUGCCCUCAUAUGCCAAAUUCUUGAAGGAAACAUUAUCUAAGAAGAGGAAGCUCACAGAGGAUGAACCUGUCACAUUAACAGAGGAGUGCAGUGUAAUCCUACAGAAAAACAUGCCUCCAAAGUUGAAGGAUCCAGGAAGCUUCAGUAUUCCAUGCAUCAUUGGCAAGACAACUAUAGAGAGAGUCUUAUGUGAUCUUGGUGCCAGCGUUAAUGGUGAGUUGAUAAUGCGCGUGGAUGGAGAGCAAGCAAUAUUCAAAGUACUUAUAAAUAAAGCUCCUCCAUUGCCUGCUCCUCAACCUAAGAAUCAAGUCAAUUACAUUGCGGAGAAAAAGGUUGAGGAAAGGAAUAAGCAGGAAAUUCAUCAGUGGCAUGAAGGAAGCAAGCCGAAGGUUAAGAUGGAAAAGCCCAAGGGUAAGGAAAAGCAUGUGAGGACUAAGUUUAAAGUUUCUGAGAACCCUCAUCCUUAUCCACAUGCAUAUGAGUAUAACCAUGGCGGGACACAAAUUCUGAGCAAGGGUAUAGUGUCAUCACUGAGCCCGAGUUACCAGCCAGCAUGA